AUGAAGUCCGCUUUGGCCUGGGAAAUCAUAGCCAAAUGCUCGGCCACAAAAGCUCAAGUGGGCAAAUUACAAUUACCGUUACCUCAUGAACCCGUUGAUACACCAGUAUUUAUGCAAGUUGGAACUCAAGGAACGUUAAAAGGCAUAACAUCAAAACAACUGGAAGAAUUGGGCUUAAGACCAGGACAAGAAUUACUUGAACAAAUUGGUGGCUCGCAUAAUUUUCAGAAUUGGAGUCGGAAUUUGUUAACUGAUAGUGGAGGUUUUCAAAUGGUUUCUCUGUUAAAAUUGGCGAAGAUAACAGAACAAGGGGUAGAAUUUCAAUCACCACAUGAUGACGGAUCAACAAUGUUCUCACAUGAUGUAGUAUCAUCAUUAAUAACUGGAAAAUGGGUUGAAGAAAAUUUAUUUACUAUUGUACAAGGCGGAUUGGAUUCUAAUUUACGAAAGAAAUGUGUCGAAGAAAUGGUAUUACGUGAUACACCCGGAUACGCGAUAGUUGGUUUAAGUGGUGGUGAAGAAAAAGAUAUUUUUGGAAAAUGUAG